ACCUAAUGCUCUCACUCGGUCGGCUUCCUCGGUAUCCGCCAACAACAAACGCGCCAGUAUACAAUAUUAUAUUCGCCAUGGCAGACCACUACUACAACAUCAGCAGCUACUACCUGCGUGCAUUUCUUGCAAUCGCUCCGUUACUGCUCCUGUUGCUACCGCUGCAGGUAACCGCUAACAAUCUCGAAGAUGCUCUUGUAGAAGCUAAUUCUAAAGGAUUUCCUGCCGAUCUUUUAUAUAAUGUAGCUAAAUUACAUGGACGAUCACACAAUGAUAAAGUGCAUUUGGCUGCAGCCUUGGAAUCGCCAGACGUACAAGAAGCAGCACGUAAAGCAGCUAUCGAAUACGCAGUUAAAGACAUAUCGACCAGCCGAGAGGGUACAGAACAAUACUGUCAGUAUUCUUGGCUUAGAUAUUUGCCGUUCAUGAACUGUGACCAACCGGCAGCACCGGAAUCACGUAAUACGCUACAAGUACUGAACAUCAAAAGGAGCUGUUAUAAAAAAAAAUAAUAAUUUAACCUAGCCUACAAUAAUUAAUCAACCCUCUCUAUGUUGCUCUACAAAACCUUUCAAAUAAAAUACAUGUUAUAUUUACAAA